UUGGUUCUUGCCCCAGACUUGUUUUGUUUCUCACAGAGAGACUUCUGGAUCUCAUCUGUGUGUUUGUAAACCCUGCGGGACAUUACAUCACCGUCUCAUGUGAAACGUGUAGCGUGGCCAAGAGACCGCGUGAGCCGAGUGAGAGGUCAUGGCAUCACAGCUGACCUCUCGCCAGACUGCUGGUGUGCCAUGCUCACAGACCUCAGACACACUAUAUCGUCAUGUGCAUCUCUGGGAAAACUUCAAGCAUCCCUCUCUGCAGUCUGUGUUCUAUUCUCAUGCCAUUAAUGCAGACUAAAAUCUGACUAAAUGUGUGUUUGCAGUAUUGCAGGCAGUGUGGCGGAGAGCUUUGACACAGAGAGUGGCUUUGAGGACUCUGAGAACAGCGACGUGGCCAACUCUGUGGUACGGUUCAUCGCCCGCUUCAUUGACAAGGUGUGCACAGAGAGUGGCGUCAGCCAAGACCACAUCAAGAGUUUGCAUAGCAUGAUCCCAGGCAUCGUGGCCAUGCAGAUGGAAACUCUGGAGGCAGUCCACAGGGAGAGCAGGAGGCUGCCGCCCAUCCAGAAGGUAGGUGCUGCACUGCACUGGGCCACCCAUUCAGAAGGUAGGUGCUGCCCUGCACUGGGCCACCCAUUCAGAAGGUAGGUGCUGCGCUGCACUGGGCCAUCCAUUCAGAAGGUAGGUGAUGCCCUGCACUGGGCCACCCAUUCAGAUGGUAGAUGCUGCCCUGCACUGGGCCACAGUUCUCUAAAUGUCUGUCUGAAUAUAAAUUGAGUUUAUCAAUCAUGAAUAUUAGUACCAUUUGAAACUCUGUAAUCUGUCAUCAAAAUGUUAUCAAAAUCAUUCUCAUUAAUGGAGUAAUUUUGUUGUGCCUUUGAAGUAAACCUGUGUCCUUUGAUAAUGAAGUGGUGUUAGAACCCCUAUUCUACUGGAAGUGGUGUUAGAACCCCUAUUCUACUGGAAGUGGUGUUAGAACCCCUAUUCUACUGGAAGUGGUGUUAGAACCCCUAUUCUACUGGAAGUGGUGUUAGAACCCCUAUUCUACUGGAAGUGGUGUUCUGUAGCUGAAGUGCCUAUCAUCCAGUAAUGUUGCAGUCAUCAGAUUGUCAUCACUCAUCAACCAUCAGACUGGGUUUUUUACGGUGAAGCCAGUUUACAGUACUCCUGGAUGAUAUUGUGCGCCUUAUUACACUGCCAGCUCUUGAUAAGGGCUCUCCCCCUAGUCGGCUCGUUCCCAGGACACUGCGGGCCCAGUCAGGUCCAGUGUAAUUG